UGCUUCAUAAAGUGAAAGACUCUGAACUGCAACCAACACAAUUAUGAAUAAUGACUCGAAAGAGAGACAUAUCUUUGAUUCUACAAGUGCUUCGUAAAGUGAAAGAAUAAUUAUGAAGUUUAUGACUAAAGAGUGGACGUGCCGGAGUGGUUAUCGGGCAUGACUAGAAAUCAUGUGGGCUCUGCCCGCGCAGGUUCGAAUCCUGCCGUCCACGUUUCUGUUCUCCGUUUUCCACUCCACUUUCCAUUUUGUCAUUCACUUGUGCUAGCUAUAGCUUUCAAUUUUCCACAAUGAAUAACAACUUCCAUGGUUAAAAUAACUUAUAAAAAACAAUCAUCAUCCUACUUAAUAUUCACAUUAAAACAACAAUGCAAAACAAUUUCACAGAUUCAUCAAGUUCAUGCUCAAUCCAUUACCAAUAACCUCCUUAUCCAUCCUCAAAUCCUCCAUUCUUUUACUUCCCUUCUCUCUUCAGUCCCUUUACAACAACCCACCCACCCCCAUUUCACUCACUAUGUCACCUCAAUUUUCAGCCUCAUUAACAGCCCAUCAACUUUCUGUUACAACACCAUUAUCCGAGCUAACACCCUUCUUUCUUCUCCCAACACUUCCUUCUUUUACUUCCUCAAAAUGCGGAGAAUGUCAGUUCCACCUGAUUCCCACACUUUCCCUUUCGUUCUUAAAGCUUGUGGGUUGCUGAACUCGUUGUUUCUCGGUAAGACCCUUCAUUGCCAGGCGUUGAAGUUUGGGUUUUUAGUUGAUGUGUUUGUAUGUAAUAAUCUUGUUCGUGUGUAUAAUGUGAAUGGUAGUAUUGGGGAUGCACGUAAGGUGUUUGACGAAAGUUGUAGCAGAGAUGUUGUUUCUUAUAAUUUGAUGAUUGAUGGGUGUGUUAAGGCGGGUGAGAUUGAGGAUGCUCGGAAAGUGUUUGAUGAAAUGCCUGAAAGAGAUGGAGUUUCUUGGGGUACCCUUUUGGCUGGAUAUGCGAGAAUGAAUCGGUGUAGAGAUGCGAUUGAGUUGUUUGAUCAAAUGGUUAUGUUAGAUGUGAAGUUUGAUAAUGUCGCGUUGGUUUCUGUUCUCUCAGCUUGUGCACAACUGGGAGAGCUAGAAAAGGGGAAGUCGAUACAUGAAUUUAUUAGAAGGAAAGGGAUCGCGAUAGAUUCAUAUUUGUGUACGGGUUUGGUUGAUCUAUAUGGCAAAUGCGGGUGCAUUGAUGUUGCUAGAGAGUUAUUUGAGACGAGCAAGGACAAGAAAGUGUUUACUUGGAACGCUAUGCUAGUUGGGUUAGCAAUGCAUGGUCAUGGUGAGUUACUGUUUGAUUACUUCGCGGAAAUGGUGGAGACUGGCAUUAGGCCUGAUGGGGUUACCUUUUUGGCACUGUUGGUGGGGUGUAACCAUGGGGGUCGUAUUCAUGAAGCUAGGAGGUUCUUUGGAGAAAUGGAAGGGGUUUAUGGUGUUCCUCGAGAACUAAAACAUUAUGGAUGCAUGGCGGAUCUGCUGGCACGUUCAGGGUUGAUUAAAGAAGCUAUGGAGAUGAUAGAGGCGAUGCCAAUGGCUGGUGAUGUGUUUGUCUGGGGUGGUUUGCUUGGCGGGUGCAGGAUACAUGGUGACGUAGAGCUGGCAGUGAAAGCUGCUGAAAAUGUGAUGGAGGUGAAACCUGAAGAUGGUGGGGUUUAUUCGAUCUUGGCAAAUGUCUUUGCAGAUGCUGGCCGUUGGGACGACUUGGUCAAUAUAAGGAGAAGAAGAGACUCUGCACAGAUCAAGAAGAAUGCUGGUUGUAGUUUGAUUCAAUUGAAUGGAGCGACACAUGAGUUUAUUUCAUGGGAUGAAUUGCACCCUCAGAGCGACCAGAUAUAUUCCAUCUUAAAUUGUCUGCAACUAAAUUUGAAGCAAUAUUACUGUUGAUAAAGAUGAACCAACAUUCACUUGUUCA